AUGGCGGACAAACGCAAACAACCGCCGUCAUCCUCGAAGCAACAGGGGGGCCAGUAUGGCCGCGACCGCAAGCGCGCGAAGACGCGCGACGCCCGCGCCAUCGCGGCGCAGAGCACCGGAACGGCGUUCAAGAAUGGCGAAGUCGACGUAGACAAGUUCGUCAAGGCGCACGAGUACGCGAUCAAGGCGCUGGAGAACGGCAUGCAGAAGGCGCGCCAGGGCCUGACGACGCGCGCGUUCCAGGGCGUGCCCAAGGAGCUCCGCCGCCGCACGGCGAGCCACAACGCCAAGCGCGUGCCGAAGCGGUUGCGCCCGAGGGCGGCGCGGGAGAUGGUUGAGGAUAACACGCCAACGGUGACGGCGAGGAGGAGGAAGCCUAGCGGGCACAUGCGGCUGAGGCUGGAGAACGCAAAGAAGUUUCAACGAUUCGUGAGCAAGGUUCGGGCAAAAAAGGGAAAGAAUAAAGCGCAGGGCGAUGCGGCGGAAGGGUCUAAAGAAGGGGAUGAUAUGGAGGUCACCGUUCAGCCGACGGAGGAGGCCAUCAAGACCAGGAAGCCGCGUGUGAAGACCUCGAGACCGAAGAACCCGCCUGUUCCCCGGGCCAAGUUCCGCAAGCGUCAGCUGAACAAGCAAUGGCUUCCGACACAUAUGUUCCACACGAAGCGCGCACAUAUGACGCCUCCCCUCGAGCCGUUAUGGCGUUUUGCGAUACCAAUGGCACCGACGAUGAAAUGCUACAGGCCUACACACAGAGCAAGCGUGAUAAGGGGUGCUGUGGCUUGGGAUACAAGCUAUAUGUCGACCAUUGGUUUAUAUGGCUCGGAUGCGCAUAUUCAGAAACUGCUAACGGACUUCGGUGUUGACAAUUGGGGCAAACGAGGCCAGAAGUGGAGAGAUGGAACCAGGACAUGGGAAGGGUGGUUAUAUGAGAAGGGUGGGUGGCCUGAGAAGGCUAUCGCACCGGUGGCAAUCGUAUGGUGUGCAAAGCCGAAGCCUGAGGACGUGGAAAUGGGGGAUGACGCUACCGAGGGUGUUUCCUCAAAAAAGAAAGACAAGAGACAGGUCUUGAUACGCAUACAUCCCUCGGCAUUCCUUGAGCUGUUGGAUGCGAUCCGGAAGCUCAACCCGCCAGUCACUGUGGAGGACCUCCGGUGGGAGAUCGGAAGCAUCGAGAUUACUGGGCCAGGAGCUACUGAAGCGUUAUGUGGCGUUCUAUGGCCAGUAGCUGCGGAGAAUGCGGAGGACAGCCCCAGUGAUGUUUGGAAGAGGCUGGCUCCAGUAACUAAUCUGGGCACUCUCCCGGCCAACGCUCUUCUAGGAUUCAACAUAUCGGACCCCAGGCUGCAUCAUCCGCCUCGUACAGUUCAGAUACCCACUGACAGCCAGUCACACUCUCGUUUAGUAAACACAUGCGCCAACUGGCCUCUAGACCGGACUCAGGGCCCUCCGGAUUUGUUCACACGUAAGAAGCGCCUGGAUGCUUCACGUACUCUCUCCAGCCAAAAGUCGAUCAAUCGCCGAAAGACUGCGGCCAUGCCAAAGGCGUACCCUGAGCCUCUUCCUACAGAUCCCUCGAUUCCGAUUCUACUCUUUGCAUCACGCGCUUCUGGUGCAGGUAAUGGAACAUGGACGCUGGUCCUGCCGUGGAAAUGCGUCUCUCCUGUUUGGAACUCACUCAUGUACUACCCGCUCUCGACAGGUGCAAAUGUACGCUUCGGAGGACUGAAUCAGAAGAGACAACUGGCAUUCGAAGCAGGUGUUCCUUUCUUUCCAGCUGAUUAUCCGGGAACAAAGGCAGGGCAGGAAUGGAACGUACGGGAGACAGAAAAGAGGAAGACGGAGUGGGAGAGACGGCCAAAGGGAAAGAGGAUUCAGUGGGAGAGCCUGGAACUAGCGGAGGGUCGGAAAGGUGAAGUAGGCAGAGGCUGGGCUUGCGAUUGGGAUGCGCUGCGUGAGGGAGUUGACGCGCCAGACACCAAGCCUUCGUUCUAUCAAACCCCACCUUUCCUUGCCGAGGAAGCGACAUCAUCUCGCAAAACCGAUGAUGUACCCAAUCCCGAGGUCGCCCUUGCGACUGUCCGCAUUACUGUUAUUGGACGUGGUGCCCCCACCGACUGCGCGCGCAUCUACCGUCUCCCCAGCGCCGAUACUGACCUGCGCCAAAAGUGGCUGGCUCUCGUCUCCGACCCCCAAACAAAACAUAACGCAAAGAAGAAGGCCGCGGAGCUGCCUCGCAAGCCGGCACCGGAUGCUCCGGAACACAUCCAUCAAGCUUUCUUGGCGGCCAGCUUGCUGGAAGGCGACAAAAAGGACGUGCAGGCCGGUGGAAAGGACUAUCCACCCGUACCGGACAGGGAGGAUUUGAUUGGAUUCGUGACAGCCGGCAACUACAACCUGGGCGAGGGCCGAGUGACUGGAGUGGGCAACGUGGUGCUUAAGAAGUUGGUGGAAGGGAUGGGUGAGGAAAAGGGCAAAGAAAGACUCUGCAUCGUGCGGAAUGCAGGAGAGACGGUGGGAAGAUUGGCGAAAUGGGAGAUCGUCUAA